CGCUUUAAGUGCGUUUGAAUCACAUGAGGGUAUUUCUGAAGAGCUGUCAUUCAAGACUGCGAGGAAUAACAGCAGGGCAUGUGCUGAAAUGACAUCGAAUAUAGAGACGCGAAGAAGGAAUCUCUGCGGAGACUCAGAAAAACAAGAUAAUUCAGAGGAUCAUGAUGAUUUUGGAGGUCACCUCCCGGGCUCAUCCGGUGAAAGGGUUUGCGUUGCUCACAUUCACACUGAAGCUAGUGAUGGGCACUCUCCCUGUUUACAACAAACAAGCAGCACCUUCACACCUAAAUGGCCACAGCAAACACGCAGCCUUAGUGAUGAAAUAUUUCACGAGAACCCGUGCAAGACCACUAUAAGUGCUGAAAAUGAAGUAGAGGCCCAAAAACUCGCAAAUAAUUAUAAGUUUGGAUUCAGGAAAUGGAAAAGCCAUGUGACAGAGCGGCCGUUAGAGGUCAGAUCAGACAUUGUGAAGGAACUAUACUCUGAGCUAAAUGCUAUUAAACCACACUCAGGUUCUUUGUUUACUUGUGGCAAUGUACUUUACGUUUUUCUGUUUGGCUGGUGGAUUUCUCUGGUUUAUGUUCUUGUUGGUGUCCUAAUGUUCCUUACAGUCAUUGGAAUCCCCUAUGGGAAACUCUGCUGGCAUUUGUCCUGCUAUUUUCUGUGGCCAUUUGGGAAAUCAAUCGAAAAGGCUAAUAUCUCAUUGCCAACAUACAGUGUGAAGAUCUUUAAAGAUAAUAUCUUUCUAAAGGCAGAAGAAGAUGGAAAGCCUUCCUCUCCUCUCUUACUGCCCACACCUGUGGAGGAGACGAUAGAAGAGCCCACAGAAAGUCAACAGGAUGACCGCUACUGGUGUCGUUUAAGCACAUAUGUUUGGCUCCUGGUGGGUUACCCUCUCCUGGCCCUCACACACUCUGUAGUGUGUCUGCUCUCCUGGCUGCUGGUUUUCACCAUCCCUGUGGCCAAGAUGAGCAGCAAGACCCUACACAGCAUCCUACUCAUGCCUCCUGAACGCAUUCAGAUCAGCGCAGCCUCAGUGGCUAAAGAGCAGGAAUGCCAAGUUAUUCUUUGCUGCUACCAUGCAGUAAACCUCUACUACUAUAAAUACACAGUAGACGGGAUCAAUGUUUUUGCUGUCAAUCUCUUACCAUUAGUUAUUGUGUCAUUGGUAAUUGGUUAUGUGGACAAAACAAACCAGUUUGCCAGCUCUGAAGUCAAGUUUGCCACAGCAGUCAGCUCCAUCAUCCCGCUGUCAUAUUACAUUGGCAUGGGUAUUGCAAGUAUUUCGGCUCAGAGUAACUUUGCUGUUGGGGCAGUGGUGAACGCCACGUUCGGUUCCAUUACGGAGUUGAGCUUUUACAUCACAGCCUUGCUCCGAGGUCAUCACCAGGGAAAUAAGUGUCUGCAUGAGAUAGUGAAGGCGGCUCUUACCGGAACAUUGCUGGGCUGCAUCCUAUUUAUACCAGGGAUCUGUAUGAUAAUUGGAGGGCUCAGGUACACAGAGCAGAGGUUUAACAGCCGCUCAGCAGGGGUCAGCUCCUCUCUGCUUUUCAUAUCAAUAGGGGGAGUGUUUGCCCCUACACUCUUCUCUAAAGCCUAUGGGAAUCUAGUGUGUGAGAAUUGUACUAACUCCACAGGGACCAACAGCAGCGGGUCCUUCAUGUGCAAAAACUGUCACUACGAUCUGAGUGAAAACAGCUACAGCCUGUUUCACAGUCACAUUGAGCCUCUAGUGUACACCAUUUCUGUUCUCCUCCCGGUUUCCUAUAUCAUUGGCCUCAUCUUUACUCUGAAAACUCAUUCACACAUCUAUGACAUUCACAUUGGAGAUGGAACGGCAGGUCAUCACGGAGCAUCAGUGCAUUGGUCUCGAUGGAGAGCUUUGCUCAUUCUCAUCGUUGCCACAGUUUUGAUGUCCGCCUGUGCUGAUCUGACCUCAGAACACAUUCAACCAAUACUCAGCCACUCAUCUAUAUCUCAGUAUUUCAUAGGUGUGACUCUUUUAGCCAUGCUCCCGGAAAUACCAGAAAUAGUCAAUGGGAUCCAGUUUGCUCUGCAGAAUAAAAUCAGUUUGAGUUUAGAAGUCGGAAGCUGCAUUGCUGUGCAGGUGUGCAUGAUUCAGAUCCCCAUCCUGAUUUUAUUCAACUUCAUUUACGAUGUUGGGUUUGUACUCAUCUUCAGUGACCUGCAUUUGUGGGCCAGUAUCUUUAGCGUCAUCCUCGUGAAUUUUAUUUUUAUGGACGGAAAGUCGGAUUACUUUCAAGGUUCUGCUCUGGUGGUGGUGUAUCUCAUUCUUCUUGCAAUGUAUUUUUUCGCCCCAUCUCCUGCUGGCUGUUGAGAGGAAAAGCCACUGCAGCUCACUGCAGCUCACUGCUUCCAGUGUAUGAUUUUACAAUAAUGUUGCGAUUAAUGUCAGUUUUACCGUAUGUUUUUGGUUAUUAUAUUAAUAUCUUUUCCUUUGUAGCAUCAUUAACUGUUCUAUUCUGACCUGAUUGAUCACUUUAAUGUGUAUAUGCAGUUACAAAAGACUGGUUGUGACAAUGGAUUAAAUAAUGUAUGCUUACAUUGAAAAUGAGGGGCACAAAGAAAUAUUAUUUUGGACUGUACAGAAAUAAUAGUUAAAGCUAUAUUUUAUUAUGGUUAAAAUAAUAAAUAUUUUAUUAACCUGUUAGGUACUUUGCAAAAGAAAAUGUCAUGUUUUAUGUGCUGAGCUGGAGUGUUCUCAAUGCAUACUUAUUAGUGUGUUGGUACGUUCCCUAACUGAAGCUAAUGGUAUUGUAAAUCAUUUUACUGUAUGAAGUUACCAAAGAGAGAUCAUCUAUUGAAGGCAUUUGCACAGUGAAUCAUUUGUGAUUACAAGUACUUGUAUCUGUUACAUUGACCUGUAUUAACUAUUUGAAAUAGACAAUUAUUUUCUAUUUUUAAUUGAAUCUUUGUGAUCGUACAUAACAGUUUUUUGACAAGGCAAUAAAAAAGAUAACAAUUUGUUUUGUAAUAUUGUCAAGAUUUGAUGCUAUUAAUGGAAGAAGGCAUCAAUCCAACAUCCUUCCUACUUUUAUGAAUCUGCUCAGAACAAUAUUACUUGUCUUUGACAUAUCUAUAUUUAACAUUAAGGCAAAACAAAUGAACGAUGAAGACUACUUCUAAUUUACAUAUAAGAAAUAAAGAUGUGCAGUAAAUUUCAGUCAUACUGUAUAUCCUAAAAGGCAAAUCUUCCACCUUUGUCAUUUUCUCUCAUUUUAUCACAAAGUUUAUCUUAUACUUUCAGAGAAAAAGGUAGUUUGCCGUCACUGGAGUGGUACCCUAGUUUUGUGUACAUACUUGUACCCUUAAGGAGACACAAAGUAUUUGUUUUGUUUGUUUGUUUCUUUUGGUUCCCUGAUAAAACAUAUCAAUAUAGAUUUAAAAGGUAUACAACAAGUCCUUAGGGUACAGUUAAGUGCCCAAAAUGACGUAUACAUUUUAACUAAAGGUACAAAAAUAAAUAAAUACAAUUUACCACCAGGAGCACAUAGAUGGAUGUCUGGAGCCCAUGUCCAUUCCACGAACAAAUUAGCAAGAAUUCCUAUGUGCAAAGUUACAAGCAAAAUAAGAAAAUUGGCAGCCACAAAUGAAACUUCUAUAAUGUUUUGCCUUGUGUCGUUCACCUGUCCCCAAACACUGGUGAGAUUACUUCUCAUCUCCAAUCAAAGUGAAAUGGUAGGUUCAUUCCAUGUCUUUUUAAAGUCUAUAUUGAUUUGUAUGGACUUUAUAUAAAUAUAUGACAGGGUUCCACCUUUCCCUUCACACUGUAGCUGGUCUCCUGAUUUUUGAGAGUCUAUUGUAAUAAAUCUUUAACCCUA